AUGGACAGGGUGAUAUCGUUGAAGUGUUUUGUGCGGCUGUGUAAUAAUAAAGUGGUUGUUUAUAUUUUUCUAAUUAUCUGCCAGGCUCGAGGACCAAAGAAGCACCUGAAGCGCGUGGCAGCACCCAAGCACUGGAUGCUGGACAAGCUCACAGGAGUGUUUGCUCCACGGCCCUCCACAGGUCCCCACAAGCUGAGGGAGUGCCUGCCCCUCAUCAUCUUCCUGAGGAAUCGGCUCAAGUACGCCUUGACUGGAGAUGAGGUCAAGAAGAUCUGCAUGCAGAGGUUCAUCAAGAUUGAUGGCAAAGUCCGCACUGACAUCACCUACCCUGCUGGUUUUAUGGAUGUGAUCAGCAUUGAGAAGACUGGUGAACACUUCCGCCUGAUCUACGAUGUCAAAGGGCGCUUUACUGUCCACCGCAUUACUGCAGAGGAAGCCAAGUACAAGCUCUGUAAAGUGAAGAGGAUUAUUAUUGGCACCAAAGGAAUCCCACACUUGGUGACACAUGAUGCUCGCACCAUCCGCUACCCAGACCCCCUCAUCAAGGUCAACGACACAAUUCGCAUUGACUUGGACAGCGGCAAGAUCACCGAUUUCAUCAAAUUUGAUACCGGCAACCUGUGUAUGGUGACAGGUGGUGCCAACUUGGGGCGUAUUGGCGUGAUUACCAACCGGGAACGGCACCCUGGUUCCUUCGACGUGGUGCACGUGAAGGACAGCACCGGCAACAGCUUUGCCACCAGACUGUCCAACAUCUUUGUCAUCGGCAAGGGCAACAAGCCAUGGGUGUCCCUCCCCAAGGGCAAGGGCAUCCGGCUAACCAUUGCUGAGGAGAGGGACAAGAGGCUCGCUGCAAAGCAGGGCAGCAGCUAAGCACCCAAACAAGGCAUUGCAGCCCUGUACUCCUGUUCCCCCAGAAUUAAGGUCAAAUAAAGUGUCAUUUACAACAAAA